GCGCCCGUCCCCGCCCCACAUUGCCCUCGUCCGGUGGAGGAGGCAUCAACUCCAACUCCGUGCUCGUCGCCCUCCUCGACUCGCACUACACGGAGCUCGCGGAGCUGGUGGAGAAGGCCCUCCUGUUGCAAACCCUAGAGGACGCGGUGGGGCGCCACAACCUCACCGUCUUCGCCCCCCGCAACGACGCCCUCGACCGCGGGAUCGACCCCGAGUUCAAGCGCUUCCUCCUCGAGCCCCGGAAUCUCCCGUCCCUGCAAACCCUAAUCCUCUUCCACGUCCUCCCCGCCCGCGUCGGCUCCCUCUCCUGGCCCCGAUCCUCCUCCCCGCUCCCCCUCCCCACCCUCUCCGGGGAACCCCUCCACCUCUCCCUCUCCCCCGGAUCCGCCAUGCGCGUCGGCGGCGCCGCCGUGCUCCACCCGGACGCGAUCGUCCGCCCCGACGGCGUCAUCCACGGGAUCGAGCGCCUCCUCGUCCCCCGCUCCGUCCAGGAGGGCUUCAACCGCCGCCGCAGCCUCGCCGUGAUCUCGGCCGUGCUCCCCACCGGCGCCCCCGAGGUCGACCCCCGCACCCACCGCCUCAAGAAGCCCCCUCCCUCCGUCCCCCCCGGAUCCCCCCCGAUCCUCCCCAUCUACGACGCCCUCGCCCCCGGCCCCGCCCUCGCCCCUGCCCCCGCCCCGGGCCCCGGAUCGGGCAAGCACUGGUUCGACGGCGAGAGCCAGGUCAAGGACUUCAUCCAAACCCUCCUCCUCUACGGCGGAUACAACGAAUUGGCCGACAUUUUGGUGAACCUCACCUCCCUCGCCACCGAGAUGGGUCGCUUGGUCUCCGAGGGCUACGUCCUCACCGUGCUCGCCCCGAACGACGAGGCCAUGGCGCGGCUCACCACGGAUCAGCUCAGCGAGCCCGGGGCCCCGGAGCAGAUCGUGUACUACCACUUGAUCCCGGAGUACCAGACCGAGGAGAGCAUGUACAACGCCGUGCGGAGGUUCGGGAAGGUGCGCUACGACACCCUGCGGCUGCCGCACAAGGUCGUGGCCAGGGAGGCCGACGGCUCGGUGAAGUUCGGCCAGGGCGAGGGAUCGGCGUAUCUGUUUGAUCCCGACAUCUACACCGAUGGGCGGAUCUCCGUCCAGGGGAUCGACGCCGUGCUGUUCCCGCCGGAAGAGCCGGUGCCCGCGGCCGCUGCUGUUGCCCCAGCGGCGAGGAAGCCGCCCACGGCCAACGCGAAGCUGAGGAGAGGGAAGUUGAUGGAGGCAACAUGCCAGAUGUUAGGCGCCAUUGGCCAGCGUUCCCGUCUCGCUAGCUGCCAGUAGGAAAAACUGUGGAGUACCUAGAAGGGCGGCGGAAAUGUUUGCCUCAGAUAUUCUUCAGUUAAUGAAUAAGUACUGCGGGGAACAUCGAGCGAGCGUUGUGCGUUAAAUUGUUCAUACUAGAGCCUGUAAACAUACUACUGUGGUUGUGUACAGCGUUGUUUUUUGUUUGUUCGUCUUCACAGUUCAUUUUGGCGUGUCAAAUUGAAUGAACAACACUUUCUUUGCAACGAUUCUUUUUCCUCUCCACA